AUUGCUGCAUAACUUAUGUUUGAGGUUUCUCAAGCUGGGGAGAACUGGUGCAGUAUUCAGUUGCCGGCAGGAAUAGAAGAAGGUGGCUUGCUGCUGAAUGAAGACCUCAUGCAUCUGUGGAUACAUGUGUGGCUCAGUGGAUUCUUGGAGUUUCCUGCUGUGGAUUUAGCAAGGGUUCUGGUGGAUUCCUGGUUAUCUAUUUCUCUCCUUUGUCUCUACUCUCUCCGUAUCUUCUCCAUCAAUAAUGAGGCCCACACUGUAUUGGAAAUGAGCUAUACUGAGCAAAGACUUACAGCAGCUGUGGUGUCUGAAGGACUGCGUCCAAUGCUUACUGGUUCUGAGUCAGGUUCUCCAGAAAGUUUAUUGUCAUUAAUACAGAGGUGCUGGGAUGCCUAUCCCAAUAAUAGGCCUUCUUUUGAUAAUAUAGUUGCAGAACUGGAUUCAAUUGUAAAACAAAUGAACAAUGUAAAACAGGAGGAAAAGUUCCAUGGAAAUCCUUCUGUUCCUAUCAGUGAUCAGCUUCCAGACUACAGAUGUAACCCUCCAAUUUAUCAAGAGAGUGUAAACUGGUUCAUUGAAGGAGAGCAGUUGUCAAAAAGAGUAUCGCUCGCAGAUAAUUCAAUUCAAAUAAUCUGGUCUGAUUCUUCAAAUGAUCCUUUGGCAUACCAGCCAGUACUGUCUUGGGGUUCCUUCGCUACUUGUGGGAGACGGGAGAGCAUGGAAGAUACACACUUUUUGAUGCCUCAAAUGUGUAAGCAGAAGGAUAUCCAUGUGUUUGGGAUCUUUGAUGGUCAUCGAGGUUCAGAAGCUGCCGAGUUUUCUUCUCGAGCACUUCCUGGUUUCUUACAAACCUUGGGUUUUACAAGAAGCCCCUCAGAUGCAUUGGUGGAAGCAUUUAGGGAGACAGAUGUCACAUUCAGGAAUCAGUUGGUAGCUCAACGUACUUCAAAGCGAGUUGUUCAGAAAGACUGGCAUCCUGGAUGCACUGCAGUUGUAGCAUUAAUUAUCAGGAACAGGCUUUUUGUUGCUAAUGCUGGUGAUUGCAGGACCAUUUUAUGUCGGGAUGGUUUUCCUUUUUCCCUUACUAAGGAUCAUGUUGCAAGCUGUCCUGAGGAGAGAGAGCGCGUCAUCAGAGAGGGGGGGCAAGUCAAAUGGCAGUCGGACACAUGGAGGGUUGGGCCAGCUGCUCUCCAGGUUACGCGCUCUAUUGGUGAUGAUGAUCUGAAGCCUGCUGUAACAUCGGAACCUGAGAUAGCUGAGAUUAAUUUGUCAGCUGAGGAUGAAUUCCUGGUAAUGGCUAGUGAUGGGCUUUGGGAUGUGGUGAGUAAUAAGGAGGUCAUAUCAAUAAUCAGAGACACUGUUAAAGAGCCUGGAAUGUGUUCCAAGAGAUUAGCAACAGAAGCUGCUGAACGUGGGAGCAAAGAUAACAUUACAGUCAUCGUCAUCUUCCUCCGUCCAGUAUGUACAGCUGAGAGAAUUUACUGAAUAGAAGCUGUGCUUUUGCUUAUGUAACUAGUCUGCAGAAUUUAAAUUCAUAGGUAAAACAAGUGUCACAAUGAUAAGGUGAUUGAAUAUUUCUGUAAACUGAAGUCUAUUUAUUCUAAUGGAGAUAAAAAGUUGACCUAA